AUGAAGUUUCUGAUUCUUCUCGGCUUAAUUGCUGCAUCAGCUGCCGCCCCAGGCGGUUUACUUGAUUAUGGACAUGAUCUCUCAUAUGCCGCACCAGCUGUUGGCUAUGCACAUGCAGGCCCCGUUGCCGUAGCUGCAGCACCAACUUUUGUCAAAUCAAUUGCUGCUGCGCCUGUUGCAGUUGCAGCCCCUGUAGCUGUUUCAGCUCCUGUUGCUGUAAAAGCAAUCGCUGCUCCAGCAGCUACGAGUUAUUCAUCAUUUAGUCAGGUCACACACUCAGCUCCAGCUGUCGUUAAAUAUGCCGCCGCCGCUCCUGCUAUAUCAUACGCAGCUGCAGCUCCCGCCAUCUCAUAUUCUGCUGCACCUGUCGUAAAAUAUGCAGCCGCUGCUCCUGCUAUAUCAUAUGCCGCUGCUGCUCCCGCCAUCUCAUAUUCUGCUGCACCUGUUGUAAAAUAUGCAGCCGCAGCUCCUGCUAUAUCAUAUGCCGCUGCUGCCCCUGCUAUAUCCUAUGCAGCUGCAGCUCCCGCCAUUUCUUAUGCCGCCGCACCGACUGUAGUCAAAUACGCCGCCGCUGCACCUACAUACACAGUAGCCGCUGCACCAUCGAUCGUCAAAUACGCCGCACCUGCAGUUUCACUCGGUAGUUAUGGUGGCUUUUCCAGCUAUGGCGGCUACGGGGGUUAUGGUGGUUAUGGUGGUUAUGGAGGUUAUGGAGGUUAUGGAGGUUAUGGAGGUUAUGGCCAUGGCUACGGUCAUCUGUUGCAUUAAUUUUCUCAUAAUCACUCACAUAACGACGAAGGAUAAUCGGCCGAAGGAUAAUAAGGAUAAACGUCAUUUCUACAAUAUGCCAGAGUCAUUUUAAUAUUCUUAUGUUAACAUUUAGUAUUUCUAAAAUAUUUGAAAAAACAAAUAAAAAUAAUGGAGCAUCAACGUGAACCUCAGAACAACGAAGGAGUAAAAAUAACAGCAACAAC